CCAAGAUGCACGGUAGCCUUUGGUAGGAGAGAGAACCCAACUUUUUCAUUCAAAUGGGGGACACAUGCCACUGAAUAUGAGUCAUACUUUUUUGUCUGGAAAAUUCAAAGUUGUGUAUAGAUAUACGAGUGCUAUGAUGGAGAACUCUCAGCGUGUUUUUUCUCUAUUUGUGAUCCUCUCUCUCCUCCACGUCCACUGCCAAGGAGCCAGGCAAACACAAGAUAUGAAAUGUGGAGCAUGCCGAGCCCUUGUGGAUGAAAUGGAGUGGGAAAUAUCACAAGUUGAUCCCAAAAAAAUGAUCCAGACUGGAUCUUUCAGGAUCAACCCAGAUGGGAGUCAGUCCAUACGAGAGGUUCCUCUGGCCCGCUCGGAGGGACACCUUCUGGAGAUGAUGGAGGGCAUCUGCGAGAAGAUGAAGGAGUACGGGGAGCGCGUGGACCCCUCCUCCAGCCGCACCACUUACACCCGCAUCAGCUCACGAGAUGGCAAGGCCAUGGACCUCUCCAACGGCGCCCUGGACUCCAGAGUUACCGCCCAGUUAAAGUUCGCUUGUGAAACCAUCGUUGAACAGUACGAAGAUGAACUCAUUGAAUUCUUUGCACAUGAGACUGAAAAUGUGAAGGACAAAUUGUGCAGCAAACGAACAGAUCUUUGUGACCAUGCUUUGAAAAUGCCACACGAUGAACUAUAACACACAGCCUCCACUGAGAUGGCACCCUGCGUGCCAUAUAUAUAUAACAUCAAACUCAUCAGCUACACGUGGGCUGCGAUCAGUGUCAACACACUUUUUUUUCUGUUAUUGAUGAUUAUAUUACCGGUAUGUGAAACAUGUGUAUGUGCGAUCACCAUAUGUACACUUGUCUUGAUGUCACUGUUAAGUAUUUCAUGUGCCUGUGUGCACACACAAGAACAUUCUUAGUCUGUUGCUCUUUUUUUUUUGUUUACACUGAAGAGCUUUUUCGAUCCUCAGUCAAAUGUGUCAUAUCUUGUCUUGUAUAUUUAAUUGACGGUUUAUAGUGUACUAUAUGUGUUCUGCAGAUCCACACACGGUUAACUUGAGAACCACGCUCAGUGUUCUAUGGUCCUGUAGGAUUUUUAUGAGUUGUCAUCUGUGUUAUUCUUUUUCUGUUCUUUUUUUUUGUUUUGAGAAGAAAUUGAAGGUUGAGAAAUCUGUUUUGUACUGAGUUUUCUAAUUCCUGCUCUGUCUUAGUUACACAAUGCCACAAUGUUCCUUUUUUCCCCCAAGAAAAAUGACUUUCCUGUUUGUCUAUUUGAAUACAACUGCCCUGAUGUUUUUA